AGAGGGAGGGGGGCGGCGCACAUCAUGAUCCCAAAGAUCACCGCAUGAGAGACGACCACUCUGAUCCUCAAGUCCGGACCUCAUCGAAGAGAAAGGCAUCAUGAUUCCGGUGAUGGAAUUCCGGCAGUUCUCUGAACAGCAGUCAGCGUUCAGAGUCCUGAAGCCUUGGUGGGAUGUGUUCACUGACUACCUGUCAGUAAUCAUGCUGAUGAUUGGUGUGUUUGGAUGCACCCUUCAGGUAAUGCAAGACAAAAUCAUAUGCCUUCCUCAGAGAAUACCAUCGCCGUCGGAUAACACAAGUGGAGUGGAACCGAAGUCACUGGUACACCUUCAAUCCAACAUUUCAGCUGUACCAAGAGAAAUGAAAGGCCUGAAAACUGAUCUGGAUCUUCAGCAGUACAGUUUCAUCAAUCAGAUGUGUUAUGAGAAGGCUCUUCACUGGUAUGCCAAGUAUUUUCCCUAUUUGGUUCUCAUACACACUGUUGUGUUCAUGGUGUGUAGUAACUUCUGGUUCAAAUUCCCUGGCUCGAGCUCAAAGAUAGAGCAUUUCAUCUCCAUGCUUGGCAAGUGCUUUGAUUCUCCGUGGACCACGCGAGCUUUGUCUGAGGUGUCCGGGGAAAAUACUGAAGAGAAGGACAGUAAAAAGACUGGUACUUUGAGGUCCACCAUCACUGUGUGUCCUGGAGAAGGGGAUUUGGAAAAGACACAGUCCCUCCGGUCUAUCCCGGAAAAGAUUGUUGUCGAAAAACCGUCUGCAAGUGUUCUUGAUAAAAAAGAGGGGGAACAAGCGAAGGCUCUUUUUGAAAAGGUGAAGAAAUUCCGUCUGCACGUUGAAGAGGGAGACAUUCUUUACCUUAUGUAUGUUCGACAGACAGUGGUCAAGGUGUUCAAAUUCCUCUUAAUCAUUGCCUAUAAUAGUUCUCUGGUGAAUAAAGUGCGGAACAGAGUACGUUGUGAAGUUGAGAUCCAGGACAUGACAGGCUAUAAAGAGUUUGAAUGUAAUCACACUAUGGCUCAUCUGUUUUCAAAGCUUUCCUACUGUUACCUGUGUUUAGUGGCUGUCUAUGGAUUAACAAGCCUGUACACCUCCUACUGGCUGUUUUACCGCUCGCUGAAAGAAUACUCCUUUGAGUAUGUGCGCCAGGAAACAGGCAUCAAUGACAUCCCGGAUGUGAAGAACGACUUUGCUUUCAUGCUCCAUAUGAUUGAUCAGUAUGACCCACUGUACUCUAAAAGAUUUGCAGUUUUUUUAUCUGAGGUCAGUGAGAACAAAUUGAAACAGCUCAACCUUAACCAUGAAUGGACUGCAGAGAAACUGCGUCAGAGACUCCAGACUAAUACCAACAACAGACUGGAACUUCAGCUGUUCAUGCUCCCUGGGUUACCCGACACUGUCUUUGAGUUGACAGAGCUGCAGUCACUCAAGCUUGAGAUCAUCAACAAUGUCGCCAUACCUGCCUCUAUCUCUCAGCUGGAGGACUUACAGGAGCUGUCUCUUUACCAAUGCUGUUUAAAGUUGCACACAACAGCUACCUCCUUCCUCAAAGAAAACCUAAAAGUGCUCCGUGUGAAGUUUGAUGAUAACAGGGAACUUCCACACUGGAUGUAUUGCCUGCGCAACUUAGAGGAGCUCUCUCUCACUGGAUCCCUCAGCCCCGAUGCCUCGAAGAAUAUAGUUCUCGAGUCGCUGCGGGAGAUGAAGUGCUUGAAAACUCUUUCCCUUAAAAGUAAUUUGACCAAGAUUCCUCAGUCAAUAGUGGAUGUUUCCAGCCAUCUGCAGCGCCUGUACUUACACAAUGAUGGCACAAAGCUUGUAAUGCUCAACAACCUGAAAAAGAUGACCAAUCUGAUUGAGCUGGAGCUAGUGCGUUGCGAUCUGGAACGCAUCCCACACGCAGUCUUCAGCCUCACCAGUCUGCAAGAGCUCGAUCUGAAAGAGAAUAACAUUCGCUCGAUAGAGGAGAUCAUCAGUUUCCAGCAUCUGAGGAAACUCACUUGCCUUAAACUUUGGUACAAUGGCAUCAUGUAUAUCCCUGAGCAUAUCAAAAAGCUUGGCAGCCUAGAGCGCCUCUACUUCAGCUACAACAAGAUCGAGAUAUUGCCAUCGCACUUGUUCUUGUGCAACAAGCUGCGGUACCUGGACCUGUCCAACAAUGACAUCCGAUUCAUCCCUCCAGAAAUCGGAGUCCUUCAGAGUCUACAGUAUUUCUCAGUCACGUAUAACAAACUCGAGAAUCUACCAGAUGAGCUCUUCUUUUGCAAAAAGCUCAAAACCCUAAAGUUAGGAAGGAACAUGCUGUCUAUACUUUCGCCAAAGAUUUCCUACCUAGCACUACUGACAUAUCUGGAUCUCAAAGGCAACCACUUUGAGCACCUGCCACAAGAGCUUGGCUACUGCCGCGCUUUGAAGCGCAGCGGCCUUAUAGUGGAGGAGACAGUGUUUGAAACUCUGCCUUCAGAUAUCAGGGACCAGAUGAAGGCUGAGUGAGAAGCCUGAUUGUAGCCACAGUGCCUGCUGUUGGGUCGAUCUACCAACUCAGAUCCCUUAUUUUCUCUUAACUCAUAACCAUACCUAAGUAUUACGCUACUAUUAAGUUAAGUUGUUUUCCAGUUUCUUGAUGGAGGGAAAAUAUCGGAUUGUAUGUUGUCACAUUCUGUAUCGCUCCAUAGGGGGGCAUGUUCUGGUAUUAAGUUUGAACACAUUACUCAGCCACACAGCCUUCUUAUAAAAAUAUUUUUACAUUUUGGGAAAUACAGUCUUUCUCUCUUAUAAGAUUGGUAUCAAUGUCAUAUUUGUACGUUAAACAUUAUGCUACAACCAGCAGCUGAUUCGCUUUGCACAAAGACCAGAAAGCAGAAGGAAAUCUAGCCUGGCUCAUUUCAAGGGUAAAAAAAACACAACUGUUCUAACACAACUGUCUACUAGCUGUAGCUUCAUAUUUAGCAUACAAGCUUGAAACUGUAUCAAUCUUUUCAUCAAACUCUUGGCAAGAAAGCAAAGAAUAUUUCCCAAAAUGUCCUUAAAAAACACAUUUCUUGUCAUUGCCUCAUUAAACCAGUGCAUUAUUGAAUGUAAAUCCAAACAGAAGACCUCACUUAAGGUUCGGUGAACAGCCUUAUGCUGCAUUCUGUAUAUUUUUUAUUGCCUUAAUGCUAACCUUUAUUUUCUUCAUGAGACUGUUAGCUAAUAUGGAUAAAAGGGGAGCAAAUGCAAAAAACAAAGGAUACUACUUUAAUAAGAACAUAUAAUAACUUGUCUUAUCGAUUAUGUGUUAUAGAGAGAUGCCAUUUUAAAGUGUAUUAAACUAAAAGGCCUACUAGUAUCUUUCUUCAGUUCAUGAAAUGUGCACAAGGAAAAUGUUGCCUAUUAAAUGUGUAUUUUUAUAUUGAGUAUUGUAUGAUGUUUAUAAAUAAAAUUUGAUAUACUU